AUGGUCACCACGUGGCAACAUCGUCCGCAAUCAGCGCGCCACCGGCGCCACUCUGCUUCUCCACAUGGCCCCGUGUUGCUGCUUCUCCCCUUCCUCCUCCUCUCCCUCACCUGCCUGGACGUGUCCUCCGCACAAACCGCGCCAACUCCUUCCGCCAGUCCCCCGUCCGCCAGUCCGUCUCCGCCUCCCCCCGCAACUCCGCCGUCCUGCCCGUUCACCGGGCUACAGCCGUCCGCUCCUUCCGUCUCACCUUCCCGUUGCCCGGCCGCGGCUAAUCUUUCCUGCUGCCCGGCGUGUAGCGAUCUGAAUGGCGCGCUACAGCUGGCGUCGGCGAACAUGAGCGCACUUGUAGCAGAGCUCAGCCCCGGCGCUACAGUCGACCCGAGCCUGGGCGUGUGCAAGGGGUUCGAGGGGCAGCAGCGGUGCCUGCAGCUGCUCGAGGACCUCAACUGCGCGUCGAGUUGCAACUCAGAUUCCGGUGCGUACAUCAGCGGCACAAGCAUGCGCGUGUGCUCCGCCUUCGCAUCGACCCUCUUCGACGCGUGCAGUCCCGUGUGGAUGGACACUCUUCAGCUGUCGCAGCUUUACCCAGACGCUUCCUCCCUCCUCGCGUCCUUCGCCAGCAACGUGACGAAAAUAUUGGGAUCUUUGGUUACCACAUUCGCGAUCGACGACUCGUCCGCUUGUUUCAACGGCACAGGCAUCUACCCGCAAUACACGGCGUGCUGCGAUCCCUACUCCUCCCUCCCCUCCUGCCCUGUCACAUCCCUCGACCCUUCGAAGUACCAAUCGGUAGUUAAUCGCACUAUCGACUCCAAUAGCUGCAUGGGGAUCGCUCCCCCGCCUCCUCCCCCAGCGCCCGCUCCCGCUCCCGCGUCACUCCCCUCCGCCCCGCCGUCGUCCCCCCCUCCCCCCGUUUCCUACCCCAUCUGCCCCGUCACGGGUAACUACCCCUCCAUUCCUGCGCUUUUUCCGCCUUCCCGCUGCCCGGCCGCGGCGAAUCUUUCCUGCUGCCCGGCGUGUAGCGAUCUGUACGGCGCGCUACAGCUGGCGUCGGCGAACAUGAGCGCGCUUGUAGCGGAGCUCAGCCCCGGCGCUACAGUCGACCCGAGCCUGGGUGUGUGUAAUGGCUUCGAGGGACAGCAGCGGUGCCUGCAGCUGCUGGAAGAUCUCAACUGCGCGUCGUCGUGUAACCCAAACUCUGGCGCUUACAUAAGUGGCACCACCAUGCGCGUGUGCACUGCCUUUGCUGACGCCUUCUACACCGCGUGCAGCCCUGUGUGGAUGAACAACGUCUCUCUCUCUGCGCUCUUCCCCAACGCCUCGUCCCUCCUCACAUCCUUCGGAGGCAACAUGACCAAACUCAUGGGAUCAAGCGUUACCAACUUAACUAUUGACGAAUCCAAUUCCACCUCCUGUUUCAACGGCACUGGGGUGUACCCGACUUACACUGCUUGCUGCGACCCCCUCGCCGCCCCUUCCACCUGCCCUGCAACCGCUCUGAACCCCUCUAACUACCCUUCUGAUCUGAUCAACCGCACCAUUGACUCCCAGUCCUGCAUGGGCAGCCUCCUUCCGCCUCCCCCUCCUCCUGAUGCCCCCCCUUCCGCCCCCGCCCCUUCCUCCUCCGCCCCCGGGUCCGCCCCAGCACCCGCCUCGUCCGCCACCCCGUUGCCCCCCCCAGUUACCACCUUCCCCAAGUGCCCCUUCACCAAUAACAGCCCGUACCCGCCUGGCAGCGCCAUGCCGCGCUGCCCUGCUGCGGCGAAUCUCUCCUGCUGCACGGCCUGCCAGGACAUUGAUGGCGCGUUGAAGCUCGUCACUACGAAGCUGGAAGAUGUGGUGAAACGAGUCGGCCCGGCGAAUUCCGUGGAUGCCAGUCUUACGCUGUGCGAUCUUUACAGUGACCUCAUGUGCGAGCAAUCUGUGGAGGAUAUGGUGUGCGCACUCACAUGUAACCCAGAUGCGGGUCGAUACGUAUCGGUAACAGACGGUGCUGUCACCAUGGCUGUGUGCCCUAGCUAUGCUUCCUUCGCCUAUGGAGUUUGCAAGGGAACUACAAUUGGGAACAUGACACUCGAGUCCACCAUUCCGGAUGCUGCCACGUUCCUAAGCACAGUUGUCAGCAGCGUUAUCGGCGUCGCCAUGAACAUUAGUAGCUUCAACAUCACAGUGCAAGAGACCUCCUGUUUCAACGGUUCGCCCCUCGUCCCCGCCACCCCAGCCUGCUGCGACCCGCUCUCCCUCCCCUCCUCCUGCCCUCUCGGCGCAAUCGACCCCUCUAAAUACCCCGACACCAUCGGCCGAACCAUCAACUCCUCUCUCUGCCUCUCCGCCUCCCCUCCCCCUCCUCCUCCCGCCUCAGCCCCCUCCUCCUCCUCCUCUCCCCCUGCUCCUUCCGCUCCCGGCUCUGCCCCUUCACCUCUUCCCGCCCCUGCCGGUUUCCCGUCUCCCUCUCCGCCUGCUCCUGCUGUGCCUUCUUCCCCGGAAGGCCCCCUGACCGGUACAGAGAAUAACACGAGGCCUCCUCCCCCUCCCUCUCCUCCUUCCAAGGCUGCUUCUGCCUCCUCUUCUGCUGCUGCAGCGGCAGUGAUGGCAGCUGUGUUGCUGCUUACAACUGCUGUUCUCCUGUAG